AUGGGCAGCUCUCUGACGCGGAUACAUCCCGUGGAGGUCUUGUGCGAGAUUUUUGCUCCGGCGCCGCCACCGCCACCGCCACCGCCGGAGCCGGAAGCGCCCUGCAGCAAGGCCACAUGGCCCUGUUGGCCCUCGCCCAGGGAAGGUGACAGCUUCUUCGGCAUCCCCGGGUAUUCCUUUCUGGUGGUGUGGCUCACCGUGCUGUACCACAUCACCUACAUCGUCCGCCUGGAGCGGCAGCGCUUCCUGCAGAAGCAGGCGGCGCACCAGGCGGGCUUUGCCACCUACCUCACGUACCGCUUCGGGCACUGGUACGCCUGGACGCCGGCGGCCUCGGUGAAAGUGCUGCUGGUGCUCUCAGCCACGCUGCUGGUGGCCGGCGGCUUGAGCCACAGCGCGCUGUCCCAGUCCUCCAUCCAGGAGUCGCUGUGGCGGAGUUGGAUUUGGAUCGCGGACCCGGACGGCGGGGAGUCCGCGGAGCCCGGGGGCCACGCCGUGGGCGUGGUGGUCUCCAUCGGGGGCAUGCUGAUCUUCGCGCUGCUGCUCUCGUUGAUCACCUCUGCCUUCGAGGACUUCUUGUGGCAGAUCCGGCACGGGUCCAUCCCGGUGGUGGAAGGCGAUCACAUCGUGAUUUUGGGCUACGAUAAGUCAGCGAUCACCAUGAUCGAGGAGCUGUGCAGUGCAAUGGAGACCUCCGGUGGAGGCCUCAUUGCAAUCCUUGCACCAGAGGGCAAAGUGGAGGUUGAACGAUGCCUCCAAGAUGCCGACGUGAAGUUGCGCAACUCUUCUGUGGUGGUCCGCUCAGGGCAACCGUACAACGAGGAGGACGUCACGCGAGUGGCGGUGCAGACUGCACGGCGCAUCGUGGUGCUGGCGAACAAGGCGGUGUCCCGUGAGGAAGCCGACGCGCAGACUUUGAAUGUGCUGCUGACGCUGCAGGGGCUGAACUAUUCACAGGAUGCCAAGGACAGGUGUACCAUCGUGGAAUGCUGUCUCGUGCGGAACCAGAACCUGUUCCGCUCCCUAGCGGCAGGACCCAUGCAGGUUUUGGCGACGCAGGAUUUCAUCGGCCAGCUGUUGGUGGAGGCCAGUCGUCAGCGUGGCCUGUCGCAGGUGAUCAGCCAGACCUUGGGCUUUGACGGCAUGGAGUUCUACAUCGCCGAGGUCAAGGGCAUCGAAGGCUGGUCAUUUCGGGACAUCCUCUUCGCACUGGGGGCAUGCAUACCCAUCGGGUACAUGCUGGAGACGAACGAGGUGGUGCUGCUGCCCCCAAUGGAGCACACCUUUCUGGGCACGGAGCGCUUGAUCUGCCUCUCUGAGGAUGCUUCAACGCUACCCGUGGCCAUUGCCCCAGGAAUGCACGAGAAGGUGACCAAGAUCCUUAGUGCCCACACGCUGAGACCUACAGGCUCAUCGGAGGAUAUGGUAUCGCAAACGCAGAAAGCCUUGAUCAUCGUCAUCGGCUGGAACGAGGGCAUCGGCUCCAUCAUGCACGAGGUAGACUUAGUGGUGGCCAAAGGCUCCUCCGUGGUCAUUUACGCGCCUGAAGACCCGACCUUCCGCGAGGAAUAUUUGGACGCGUCUCAGGUGCGACGGAACUACAAGUACCAGAACCUCACUGUGCAGCAGAUGCAGGGAGCGCUGGGGGCACGGUACAAGCUGGAGGGUUUGCCCUUGGAGGCAGCCAAGAAGAUUUUCAUCUUGGCGGACAAGACGGAAAGCAGUUGUCAGGAGGAAGCGGAUCGGCUCACCGUGGCGACGCUGCUGCAGGUGCGGGACAUCCUGCGGGUCCGCGCCACCUGCCACCCGGAUCUCGUGAUCCUACCCCAAGCCCCUCCAUUUGCGGCUUGUUUGCUGACUUGCUCUUGGGCAACACUGGCCGGAUUUGCAUCCGAAGCCUCUCCGACUACUCGCGCUUGGAUGAGGAGGGCUGCUUGA